CUAGUUGAAUUGAAAAAUGGAGAAACUUUCAAUGGACAUUUGGUAAAUUGCGAUAAUUGGAUGAAUCUGACUUUACGAGAGGUUAUACAAACGUCACCGGAAGGUGAUAGAUUUUGGCGAUUACCUGAAUGUUAUAUUAGAGGAAAUACGAUUAAAUAUCUUCGUGUACCGGAUGAAAUCAUAGAGAUGGUAAAAGACGACGCCGUACGACAACGUCAAGCACCUGUUGGAAGUGGUCGUGGACGUGGAGCUCGUAGUG